GCGUGACUUCGAUGGCCCAAGUGAAUAUUACGAUUCAGAAUAUUGUGAGACGGAGUCUGAAUCUAGUGAUUCCGAAUUUAGCGAUUCCGAGGCAGAGUUUGGAUUUAGCCAUUCUGAAGCAGUGAAUGUACCUCUCACGAUACAAGAUAAUAGCAGAGCUAGUUUCGAGAUACAUAAUAUCGCGAAGAAAGAAUGGGUAAUUAUUUACCAUAACAGCGAAGUAAUAAUUUUAUUUCAAAAUGGCGCCCAAAAAAUCCAACAAAGAUCCCGAAUCGAAACAGUCGAAGAAGCCUACCAAACAAAGACCACCUCUUGCACGAUUAGCUAA